AAGAGCUGAGAAGUGGAGACCAGUACUUGCAGAACCAUCUCGACCCUUGCCCAUACCAAGAUACCUCUCUCCCUCUCACGCAUCCCUCGUUUCAUCUGAAUCAGACGAACAUGCCGAUCAGGAACAUCGCGAUAGGGAGGCCCGAGGAGGCAACCCACCCAGAUGCACUGAAAGCUGCCUUGGCCGAGUUCAUAUCCAUGCUUAUCUUCGUCUUCGCAGGAGAAGGAUCGGGAAUGGCCUUUAACAAGCUCACCAACAACGGAGCCGCCACUCCCGCCGGCCUCAUCGCCGCCGCAAUCGCUCACGCCUUUGCUCUUUUUGUGGCCGUGGCCGUUGGCGCCAACAUCUCCGGAGGCCACGUCAACCCCGCUGUCACCUUCGGCGCCUUCGUCGGAGGAAACAUCAGUCUCCUUCGUGGUAUCCUUUACUGGAUAGCUCAGCUCCUUGGAUCCGUCGCCGCCUGCGCCCUUCUCAAGUUCGCCACAGGCGGCUUGACCACCUCAGCCUUCGCACUGUCGUCAGGCGUCGGAGUGUGGAACGCGUUCGUUUUCGAGAUCGUGAUGACCUUCGGGUUGGUGUACACCGUGUAUGCCACGGCCGUUGAUCCCAAGAAGGGAAGUCUUGGAACAAUCGCACCCAUAGCGAUCGGUUUCAUCGUGGGCGCAAACAUUUUGGCCGGGGGGGCUUUCGACGGAGCCUCCAUGAACCCAGCAGUCUCCUUCGGUCCUGCAGUGGUGAGCUGGAGCUGGGACAACCACUGGGUGUACUGGGCAGGACCUCUGAUCGGCGGUGGGCUGGCUGGCCUCAUCUACGAUUUCUUCUUCAUCAGCCACAGCCGAGCAGCUUCCAACCGCAGAUUACUGAGAGGGGAACUUGGUAGUGGGUUUGCAUUGCAUUUGCAUGGGUGGGAAUGAAAAGAAAGAAAAAGGAGGCGUCGUUUCGUAUUCCCUCUGAUUUUCUUUUUUGGUGUAUUUAAUUUGUUUUGAGGGUUUCAUUAAUUUUAAAAUUUGUGAUAUUUUAAUGAUGAUGUUAUCUAGGAACGGGGGAUUGUUGUAUCGUGUGGUUUUAUGGAAGGGAGUUGUUGUUUACUCUGUUUUAGUUGUAUCAUUCCCCGUUCGUGUAUUCUCGUUUUCCUCUCGUC